CGAAACGUAUAUAGAUUUUGAAAAAGUGAACUUCUGAGAAAAUAGCUCAAGUAUAUAUAUAUUGUAAAUAUUGUAAUAUGAUAAAUUGAACCAGUUUGCGUUGGUAUUUAUACAAUGUCUUCGCUAAGUAAACAGUCUACUUUAAUGAAUUUUAUAAAGAAAACAAAUGAAAAUUCCACUUUAAACAAUGCAAGUAGCAGCAAAAAUGAGCAGGCCUCAGAAAAGAAACCUAGAUUUGUGUUUAAAUCAAAAUCCACAAGCUCUGGCAAUUGGACACCUCCAUUCAAGAAAAUAAAUGAUCAACCCAGGACAAUGACUGUGCCGCCACCUCUAAUUACAAAUGGCCAUCAGGAGUCUGCUCCACCGGUAGCUAAGAGAACAGCAUUAAACAAUGGCAUUAGUCCUAUCACACAUAACCACACAAGGCAGGAUAAUUUAAGCAAUGAUAUAUUUGAAAUGGAUGUGGAUGAUAUUCAAAUACUUCCAAAGGUACACAAACCAAAAUCUGAGUCUCGAACACCAGAGAAAGCAAACAGAUCAAUUAGAAUAAGUUCCACACCAACCCCACCAAAGAAUAGACCGGAGAAACAAAGCAAACAGAAGAAAAUAUUGAAGACCCCUGAGAAAGAGGGCGCCACUAAAGAUAAGGACCCACUAAAGAACAUUAUGGUGGAUAAAUCAUUAACAGGGUUUUUGGAUAAGUUGGCUUCUCACUAUGACGCUGUCACAAGUUUAAAGGAUGAAGCUGGUCCAGAACACAUGGAACGAUCUAAAGAUAUGUACAUAGAGUUACUGGAGAAAAUAUUCCAUGCCUUUGAUAAAAUACCAAAUUGUAUAAAGGAACAGUUUCCAGGUUAUGACAAAAGGGUCUACGCUAAAGUAAAACAAUAUCAAUAUAGACUGAAGAAAAUAUUAGCAAAACCUAAGAAAACUAGUUCAUCGCCCCAGGACAGUGAAAUUAGACUUAGUAAUAGUGAUGUCAAUUUAAAUGGCAGUAGCAGUCCUUCUUUACUAAGUAAAUAUGAAGAAAAUAAUGAUCUAGAUGAUUUCGACUUAACACCUAGUAUUUCAAAAUUAACAAAUAAACUCAGUACUUUAAAUGGGGCUAGUCUAUCAACUAAAACAUCAACAUCAACCCCAGAUAUAACUUUAAGUAGUAAAGUGCCAAGGAAUGAUUUGUUACCUAGACCAUCAUUAUCAUUUGAUGGAUUUUCUCCACUGAAUAACUCAUCUAAACUAGAAACUAGUUGUCAAUCUGAAACAGAAAGUACAAGUUCAGAAGUAAAAGGCAAAGGGAAAUUUGUAUUCAAGAAACCUUCAAGACUUACGUUAGAAGAGAACAAACCAGGACCGAGUAGCAUACAGUCUUCUACAGCAGAACGAAUAAGAAAUGCUUCAGAGAAAUUGAAACCUGUGCCUACAAUAGAAAGUCCAAAAUGUGCACCAAUUGCUCUAAGUUCUAUAGACUUUCAAGCGCCACAGUUUAGCAAAUCUUCUCUAAUUAACAUGGAGAGGCCCAGUACAGAUUCUAAUAAAGAAGAAGAAAAUAGUGAUCCUAUGGAUGACUAUGAAGUACCAAUAGAUAUGGAUGAUGUGACUGACAUAAUGCCUGAAGCUUCUCAAUCAAUCAUAAACAUCAGUGACUCAGUUGCCAGUGCAAGUAAUAUAGAUGCUCUUACUCAGUCAGAUAUACCAAUUGAUGAAGAUGGUUGGCCAGUGUACAGGCCUGAAGAUUUUGAAGAAAAUGUCAAGGAAAGUGAUUUAGAUACUCAAGUUUUGAAUCUUAUGGAUGAGACGGUUGUGAAGGAAAAGACUGCCAAAUAUGAAGGGAUGGGCGACUUCCAUGCUGGCACGCAAAACGAUGGUAUUACUGGUGAAUUCGACGGCUUAGAUUACCCUCACUCAGCGCUGAUGAUGGAGGUAUUCCAAGAAAGAUUUGGCCUGAAGUCUUUCCGUCCCAAUCAGCUGCAGGUCAUUAACGCCACGUUACUGGGACAUGAUUGCUUCGUGCUCAUGCCCACUGGUGGAGGUAAAUCCCUCUGCUACCAGUUACCUGCCAUAUUGAUGCCCGGUGUCACCAUAGUUGUAUCUCCACUCAAAUCCCUCAUCUUGGAUCAGGUCAACAAACUAUUGUCACUUGAUAUCCCCGCCGCCCACCUAUCCGGCGACGUGUCCCUAGCAGCAUGUGACGAGAUAUACCACAAGCUAUCGAUGCGUGAGCCGGCCAUCAAACUGCUCUACGUCACGCCGGAGAAGAUCUGCAGCUCGCCCAAGUUCCAGUCCAUGCUUAGUAUGCUGUACUCACGAGGGAAACUUGCCAGGUUCGUGAUAGACGAAGCUCACUGCGUAUCCCAGUGGGGCCACGACUUCAGGCCGGACUACAAGCGCCUGGCCGUGCUGCGCCAGCAGUUCCCGGCGGCGCGGCUGGCGGCGCUCACGGCCACGGCCACGCCGCGCGUCCGCCUCGACAUCCUGCACCAGCUGCACGUCGCCUCCUGCAAGUGGUUCCUCAGCAGCUUCAACCGACCCAACCUCGCAUACAGGAUAUUGGAGAAAAAACCCAAGUCUAUCAAUCAAGAUAUUGCUGCUAUCAUCAAGGAGAAGUUUUUCAGGAAAUCGGGCAUAGUAUAUUGCUUAUCGCGCAAAGAGUGCGAGCAAUGCGCUACGGAUUUGCGUAAGGCGGGAGUUCAGGCGGCGCCCUACCACGCCGGCCUCAGCGACAAGAAGCGGGAGGAAGUACAGGCCGCAUGGGUCGCGGACAAGUACCAUGUGAUCUGCGCAACAAUAGCGUUCGGUAUGGGCGUGGACAAGGCAGACGUCCGCUACGUGAUCCACCACAGCUUGCCCAAGUCAGUGGAGGGAUACUACCAGGAGACUGGACGCGCGGGCAGAGAUGGAGAGCGAGCCACAUGUCUCUUGUACUACUCCUACUGUGAUGUUGUUAGAUACAGGCGGUUACUUGAUAUGGAACGCAACACGAGUGCAGAAGCGCGCCGUGUACACGUGGAGAACUUGCUCCGUAUGGUGGAACUAUGUGAGGGAGUCAGCGAGUGUCGCCGCGCGCAUGUACUAGCUUACCUGGGGGAACGAUACGAUAGAGCGCUCUGUAAGAAGGACCCCGCCACCGCAUGCGAUAACUGCCUCAAUGCUACUGAUUAUAAGCCGGUGGACGUAACAGAAGAAUGCAAGCUGAUAGUCCGUUGUCUGCGCGAGAGCAGCGCAACUCGUUGCAGCUUCACGUUGUUACACGUUGCGGAUACACUGCGCGGCUCCAAGCAACAACGGUUGCAGGCGCUGCAUGACUCGCCCAUGCAUGGGAAAUGCAAAUCCUGGCACCGUGGAGAUCCAAUGCGUCUCCUCCGUCAGAUGGUAGUCCGCGGUCUACUGGCGGAGCGCCUCGUCGUCAACAACGACAUCGCCAGCGCGUACGUCGUGCUCGGACCUAAUGUAGACAAACUGAUGGUGGGCGGGCUCCGCGUGGUGUUCCCGAUGCGCGUGGGGGGGGCGCGCGGCGCGCUGGCCGUGGUCCCCGCGCCGGCCGCCGCGUCGCCCGCCGCCGCGCUGCUGCAGCGGUUGGAGGAGCGCUGCUAUGCAGACCUGGUCGAAGCUUGUCGUGAAAUGGGCAACGCUCGCGGCGCAUCUUUAGCGGCAGUAUUGCCCCAAGCGGCACUGAAGGCGAUGGCGUCUCGUCUGCCGGAGAAGGCGGAGGACAUGUUGGCCUUACCUUACGUCACGAGAGCCAACUACCACAAGUACGGAGACCAACUGCUGCAGAUCACCAGCGCUUAUGCCAUCGAGAAAAUGGGAAUCCUCAUGGAGUACCAAGACGAACUGGAACAAAAUGACAAGAAAGAGGCUGAAGAGGAAGAAGGUUCGGACUCUGACACGGAUUGGAGCAGAGUGGCCAAAGAUGCAUCGUCAUUGGAUACAUCA